CAUUAGAGAUCUCAUACAAGACAAUAUAUCUGCUGAAAUUUUGAUGAUAAUUCAUGGCGAUAGAAAUCGAGACAUUUGUUAUUAUAAUGCUUCAACUGCCUCUAAAGUAGCUGCAAUAAUAGUAGGCGAUGGUUAUGAGAUAAAUCUGACGAAUCAGGACAUUCUUCUCAGAAAGCAUGAUAGAAAUUUGCAGAAAAUAUCAGAGGUUCAUCUUUCAUAUGACCCACUCCACUACGUAUUAUUAUUCUCUAAAGGUGAUGAUGGGUGGUACACAGAUAUACCACUCAUAGGCACUUUAAAAAGAGAAUGA